AUGGCUUCGCCCCAUCCUGCGGAGGCGCCUGUCGCCAUUAAUCCGCACCAGAACGCCCGAUACACCCUCAAGUUGAGCGAGCGCAUCACGAACCCCUCUCAGGACCAGUCCCGCUUCAGGACGCUCAAAUUCAACCACAAGCCGAUGCAAGCCGCCGGAAAUGCACGCACCACGACAAUGAAGCCGGCCUCCUCAGGCGACGAUCAGUUCACGCUGUGCAUUCGCGACAAAGAAACGGAUGGCUCGGGCAAGACGGCCGCAUACGACUACACCGGUCAGCGCAAGGAGCUGAAGAAGACGUAUGUGCUGGUCUUCGACAAGGAUACCCAGACUGCGACGCUCGAGCCGCUCGACGAGACGUACGCCUUCAACCUGAAGAGCACGCCGUGGGAGAGUGAUCAGGCAAAGCUUGCCGAGAAGUACCAGUUGGUGAGGCCACGCAACGAGAAGCCGGACCGCGACGCCGUCGCCAACGACUCUGCCGACGACCUCUUCUCCGACGGCUCGGCCACGCCCAGGAGCACCGCCGAGAGUAUGUUUGGAGGCGGUAGCCUCAGCGAAGAGGACGAACCCGAUGAGAACAACCCCUUCGAUUUCCGGCAUUUCCUGAAGGACGCAGAACAGACCGACGGCUUUGCAUCACCGUACAGCCAGUCGGGAACCCCGCUUCGCACCACCACGAAUGCUACAGCGGCAUCUACCACCGCCACCACCACCGCCCCGGCUCGCUCGACACCACUACCGCAGACGGACCGCCCCAAAACGAAGCCAGCGCCAAAACCCGCAUCCAAGCAAGCCACUGCCAAGCAGACCGCCACCACAUCGUCGCGCAAGCGCAAAAGCCCAGAGCCAGAACAGCCCGCCGCCAAGCCCAAGCCCACCUCGCCAACCACAACCAAGACGAAACAGCAGCCCACCCCGUCCAUCCGCCUGGACCGCCGCGCGUCGACGCGCCCAACCGACUCGGCGGUGGCAGCAGCAGCCGCCUCGACGCUCUCAACAACAGCCGCCCGGUCCCAACAAUCGUCCGCGUCGUCCACCAAAUCGUCAAGCCGCACAUCACGCGAGCCGAGCGCCGACGAAGACGACGGUGCCGGUGACGACGAGGACGACGACGACCAGUUCGGCGGCCUCGAAAUCGACUGGGGCGGCUCGGGCGGCGCCAACGGCAAGGCCGGGUCGUCGCGGCACGGCGGGCGGGGCGCGGGCCGCAGCAGCAUCGCGCUCGCGUUCGAGCAGAGCGUCACGGGCGACGGGCCCGUGUCGCUGCGCAGCGCCGCCGACAGCGCGUCGCCCAACAGCCGGCUGCACACGCCCAACAUGCGCGCCACCACGGCCAUCACCAGCAAGAACGCGCCCGACGUCAUCGAUUUCGGCGGCGAGGGCGUUGGUGGUAGCGGUGACGACGAGGAGGAGGCGGAAGGAGAGGAGUAUGAGGACGUCGGCGGUCGUGGUCACCUUCAGCAACGACAAGGACGGGACGAAGAAGGAGAAGAGGAUGGAGAGGAAGAAGACGACGACGAUGGCUACGCCGAGGACGACGAGGACGCCGACGGCGACGUCGAUCCUCUGACGCUGGGCAGCCCGGCGGCGGAUACGCUGCAGCAGCAGUAUCACGAGGCUGGUGAUCAACAGCAGCACCAGCAGCAGCAACAUCAGCUGAUGACGGACGGCGCCGGUGAUGACGAUGAUGAUCACGACAACGACGACGGCGACGACGACGAUGAUGACGACGACUUUGGUCCCGAUUUCGAGGCCGCGAUGACACAGGCGUUGGAGAGCGCGGCGGAGGAAGGAGAAGAGGAUGGCGGCGGGCGCGUGAUGCAUGAGGAGAGCGAGGAGGAGAGCGAGGAAGAAUAG